AUGCCGAAAGGAGAUCUCCCAAAGGUGACGAUUGGCGCGUCGGAGGAGUACAAUGAGAAGACCGCCUCGAUAGUUUCCCAUGCCAUGCUUCCAAGUGCAAUGUGGGCACUGUUCUUCAAAGAUGGGCCAGAUGGAAUUGGUCUCGAUGCACCUGACGAAGAAACUCUGCCGGUGUAUAACUCCGUCGUGAAGCAGUUCCUGGCUCCUGGGGCGGCCUUGGGUGCUUUCGUCACAGAAGCAGGCGAUUUCGCAGCGUGUGCUUCGUGGUGGCCGCCUGGGUCGCACACACCGCCAGAUGACCUCAACCACAACGAGGCUGAUGAACAUGAACAUGAUCAGCCAUCCGAAGAGACAUCGUUGAUGGCAGCUUUCGGACGCGAGGUUGGCAAGAUUCACCGUGAAUUGAUCUGGUCCAGGUAUGGACAGCACUACUGGCAUUUGGGACUACUUGCACGUGACCCCAGGAGGCCAGCGGUGCCUGGUGCGGUGAGGGCUGUUCUGCAACCUGUCAUUGAUCAGGCUGCCGCAGAGCGGCAGCCGAUCUGGCUGGUGACUACUAGUGAGCAUGCAAGGGACGUCUAUCUACAUUUUGGAUGGCAGGUAGUUAGGGUGGUCACCGUCCGGGGACAUGUUCAGUGGUGCAUGAUUUUGCAUGCGCCAGCCGAGUCUUAG